UUCCUAACCAGUCCCCCGUGGCGGCCGUGCCUUCCGCCCGCCCCCGGGGCUCCGGGGCCACCAUGGCCGAGCCGCCGCGGCCGGUGGAGAUCGACCCGGACUUCGAGCCGCUGGCCCGGCCCCGCUCGUGCACCUGGCCGCUGCCCCGACCCGACUUCAACCCGCCCGGCCCGGGCCCGGCGGCCGCGGGGGCCUCGGCGGCCAGCCCGAGCCCGGCUCCGGCCGGCGGCAACGGCAACGGCGGGGACGGGCCCGGGACCGGCGACUUCCUCGGCAACCUGAGCCUGCUGGAGGAGAGCGACGACUUCCAGCGGCCCCCGGGCGGCGUGGUGUCAGCGGCGGCGGCGGCCGGACUGUGCGGCGACUUCGCGGGCCCGGACCCGCCCCGGGGGCACCCGGUCCCCCCUCCGCCGGUCCCUCCUCCUCCGCCGGUCCCUCCGGUCCCCCCUCCGCCGCCGGGCCAGCCCCGCAAGACCAGCUCGUCCCGCCGCAACGCUUGGGGCAACCUGUCGUACGCCGACCUGAUCACCAAGGCCAUCGAGAGCUCGGCCGAGAAGCGGCUCACGCUGUCCCAGAUCUACGAGUGGAUGGUCAAGAGCAUCCCCUACUUCAAGGACAAGGGCGACAGCAACAGCUCGGCGGGGUGGAAGAACUCCAUCCGCCACAACCUGUCCCUGCACAACAAGUUCAUCCGGGUGCAGAACGAAGGCACCGGCAAGAGCUCCUGGUGGAUGCUCAAUCCCGAGGGCGGAAAGAGCGGGAAGUCUCCCAGGAGGAGAGCGGCCUCCAUGGACAACAACAGCAAGUUCGCCAAGAGCCGGGGCCGGGCGGCCAAGAAGAAAGCGGCCCUGCAGGCCGGGCAGGAGGGGAGCGGGGACAGCCCGGGCUCGCAGUUCCCCAAGUGGCCGGCCAGCCCCGGCUCGCACAGCAACGACGACUUCGAGAACUGGAGCACCUUCCGGCCCCGGACCAGCUCCAACGCCAGCACCAUCAGCGGGCGGCUGUCGCCCAUCCUGCCCGAGCAGGACGACCUCGGGGACGGGGAGGUGCACGGGCUGGUGUACCCGCCGCCGGGCUCCAAGAUGGCGGCGACGCUGCCCAGCCUGUCGGAGAUGAGCAACUCGGAAAACAUGGAGAACCUCCUGGACAACCUCAACCUCUUGUCGCCGCCCACGUCGUUGACGGUGUCCACCCAGUCGGCGCCCGCUUCCCUGAUGCAGCAGGCCCCGGGCUACUCGUUCGCGCCCCCGAACGCGAGCCUGAGCUCCCCGAGCCCAGACUACCGGAAGUUCCCCUACGGCCAGGCCGGGCUGAGCCCUUUGCCCCAGAUGCCUAUGCAAACGCUCCCAGAUGGGAAAUCGGGUUACGGGGGCUUGAACCAGUACAACUGCCCCGCGGGCCUCCUCAAGGAGCUGCUGACGUCGGACUCCCCCCCCCACAACGACCUCUUGACGGCCGUGGACCCCGGGGUGGCCCAGCCCGGGGGCCGCGUCAUGCUAGCCCCCAGCUCGGUCCUGCCGGCCUACGGCGGCCAGCCGCCCCACACCCACGCCAAAAUGAUGAGCCCCAGCCCCCACCCCGGACACACCCAGCAGGCCUCGUCCGCCGUCAACGGGCGACCCCUGCCCCACGCGGGGAGCGCCCUGGCCCACGGGGCCGGCCUGAGCCGCCUGACGCCCGGCAAAACGCUACAAGUGCCUCUGACGCAUCCCUUGCCGAUGAACGCCAUGGGCGCCUACCCCCCGGGCGCCAGCUGCAACGGCUACGGCCGGGUGGGCCUCCUCCACCAGGAGAAGCUGCCCAGCGACCUGGACGGCAUGUUUAUCGAGGGCUUGGACUGCGACAUGGAGUCGAUCAUCCGCAACGACCUCAUGGAUGGAGAUACGUUAGAUUUUAACUUUGACAGCGUGUUGCCUAACCAAAGCUUUCCGCACGGCGUUAAGACGACGACACACAGCUGGGUGUCGGGCUAGGCGGCGGCGAGCGGGCUACACUUAAAAGUACUUCAGAUUUGUCUGACAGCAGGAACUGAGGAAAGCAGUCCAAAGAUGUCCUUCACCCCUCCUCUUAGUUUUCUCGAUAAAAAAGCGUUCCUUUUUUUUUUUUUUUCCUUUCGUCAGACUUGGCAGCAAAGAUUCUUUUCCUCUACAGGAUGUUUGCCCAAAGUUUUCAGGUUAUGUGCUGCUGUAGAUAAGGACUGUGCCAUUGGAAAUUUCAUUACUAUGAAGUGCCAAACUCACUACACCAUAUAAUCAUAGAAAAAGACUUUUGAAUCCAUGUUGUGAUUUCAAGUUUUGUAUAUAAGCGAUAGAUACAGAAAUGUUGUGUGUGUUGGUUUUGUUAUUUUUUUUGGUUUUUGUUAUUUUUUUCUAAAGAACCUCUAUUUGGUCCAAGAAAAGUUUAUACUCUUUUUGUAAUACUGUGAUGGUCUCCUGUCCGAAGUAAGAUGGACUUUUGUUUGUGCUCCCGGUGUUCUUCUGAACUUACGGAUCAAGACUCUCGCCUCGACGCUGAAGUUCUCAGAACUGCCUCCCGUCCUAGCCAGAUCGACGCCGUGCGAUUCAAGCGAGAACCAAGUAGCUGCAGCUUGACACGAUUUGUUGGAAACGGCGGAACUCGUCCUCGGUCGCAAACAGCCGGCAAAGGCCUUCUCUCGUCGUAUUUUGGGGCAGAUUUGUGCAAGUCUCGAAACGGUUGAUUUCCAGGUGGAUUUUUGUUGCUUUCGUUGUUGGGAUGUGAGAUCGUUUUUGAAAUAGACACUGAACUGUGUAAUGGUUUCUUAAAGUUAGGGUCUCCUUGUAAAUUUUCUGGAAUCCCAGGCGUCGGACAGCAUUCGUAAUGUUCAUUUUGUAUUUUUAUCUGGAUUACUACUAAUUUUCUAUGUGCUUAACUGGUUUGUAUUCCGUGGGGUGCGACUUGGUGAGAUUUCCAUGAAUUAAUCUAAAGAAAGAAGUCACGAGUAUCUCGAAUACUAAAACAUAUCUGUCCCCUUUUUUGUUUUUUUGGUUUUUUUUUUUUUUACAGGAAAGUGAUGUAUAGUUCUUGGCCCUUUGCAUUUUGUGUUUAGGGGAAUUGAAUCCGUUUUUAUAUAUGCCUUUUUAGAAAUUUCAUCUGCUUCGACUACCAUAUUAACCCUGAGUACCACAAAGUGUUAAGUAUCCUCGGAUAGAUGCUUGUACGAUGCUUCAUGGUGGCUAGUUCCUGGAGGUCUCAUAAUGUUUGUAGGCCAGAAAAGGGUUUCCUUUACAUCGAAGAACCUUCUCGCUCUGCCUGCGGACUUUCCGAUGAGGUUACCGUUGGAACUGAGCUUCAGCAAAAGGGUCUGCCGGUGUGUCGCUCGCCCCUGCCCCUUUCCCCACGUCCCCGCCCCACGGUUUCCUUUCCGUUUGAAGAGAUCGGUGCUACAGCUCAGCUCACAGACUUUCACUCUAAGAAUUGGUCGGGAAUCUCCAGUCUCCCUUCCCGUUUUCCCCCGUCGCUCAGCUGAAGGCGAAAAGGGGAAGCCCGGGUGGAGGGUCUGAGAUGCAGCUGCGUUUCAUUACUACGAGGAAAUUGAUGUGGGAUCAUUUCAAGAUUGGGCAUCUGAUUUGCGAAGGCCAACCAGAAGGGCCCGAGUGAGAAUAGUCCUUUUCCCGAGUCAGGAAUGUGAAAGCUUUCUUGAGUCUCGAGCAGCUUUAAUCCCCAACCCCCUUACUAUACAGUUUUAAUACUUUACAGUUCCCGGGAACCGGCAGGUCGUUAAUUGGGGUCAGAGUCCCAUUUCAGCCAGCGCAUCACCUGUCGGGUUUUCUGAGGCCACUCAGAAAGAGGAGCAGGUGGGCAUCCUUGCUCACUUGGGCCUGUUGGAAGCUCUGAUUUCAUGGCACGGGUCUGUGGGCCGAUUACUCUAAAUCACACGUGCGCCGUCUUGCGCUUGUCAGAGUGUCUCUCGCCCAGAUCUCUCCGGCUGUCUCUUCGCCCCACGGUGAGCACACAAAUGCAGCCGGAGGUUCUGCGCUGUUUCUGAGUGCUCGCUCGUCUCACCGCCCCGAAAGCGAUCCCCCGUCGAGGGUCGACCCAAGGUUCCGUCUAUCGUCCGGGAGCUGGGACUGAAACUUUAACUUCUCCAAACAGCGGCCCCAGCCUUCUGCGGCACCCUCCCAAAUGCUUAGUACGGUGCUCUGCACAGAGCGAGCGCUCAAUAAAUCCCAUCGAUCGAUUGAUCAACUGAAUGAUUGAAAUCAAGAGCAUCUUAUCCAGACGGUAGACCAUAGUUGCUUUCCAGCUUCGCUCUCUUGAUUCCUCCGGGCCCUGCUUUCCGGUGCCCGAGCGUCGGGCUCCGUGGCGUCCCUGGUGAGCUUUGAAUCCGGUCCCCAAAUUCCCACGUUAGUCCCCAAGUCUCAUUUUCCCUGGCAGGGCCCCUUAUUCUUUCUCUUCUCCUCUCUUGGUCUGUGCAGUUCACUUCCAUUUUUCUCUCACGGCUUUUGGGGUCGUAAUUCGGAUGCCUUUCCCGUGGAUGGGAUGUAGUGAAGUGCAGCGAAGGGCAUUUUGUUGGUUUUUAUGAAAGCAAACAUUAUGUGACCUCUAGUAAUUUUUUUCCGUAUAAAUACUGAAUUUCUGGAGUAAUUUAGUUUUGUCAAUUAUUGUAAAUGAUUGCUUUGUGAAAUGUGCAGACGAUCUUUACCUAUGCAGCAUUGUUUGAUUUUUUUUCCCCUCCACCCUCUCUCUGGUUUGUACUGUUAUUAAAAGUAUAUUGUAUUAUAGAGCUAUUCAGAUAUUUUAAAUAUAAAGAUGUAUUGUUUCCGUAAUAUAGUUGUAUGGAAUAUAUUUAGAUAGUAGGCGCAUUAAUUGGAGAGCUCUGCUUUGGUGAGAUGAUUUUUUUUUAAAAGGCCUAAAUUUAUGAAUAAAAGAUAUACUGCCUUUUGGGUUGCCAACACGCCAUCCCCAAGAAGAGGAUGGGAAACUUAAAAUCGGACCAAUUUUCAAAUUGUGUAAAAUUUGCACUUGUUAAACCACUGGAUGUAUGUUUAUAAGUACUUUCCCUUUCCUUUGUCCUUAUUUGAAUUUCCCAUUUUCCACUCUUAGCCUUCUUAAUUUAUAACUGAUUUUAAAUGAGAUGUUCUCUUGUGUGUGUUUUUUUUUUUUGUAAUCAUUAUGUAAAAAGUGCAGUGUGGUUUACGCAAACCCAACACAACUCGGCAUUAAAACUGGCCUCCUUUUUGAGGGUGUCCCACAGACCAGCAAUAUCACCAGAGAACGGCAUGUAAAUACCGCCACUUUCCUUGAGGGUGGUUUUCUCAGUGCUCUGUCUGACUACUCCAAUCCGGUGACAUCACACACCUAGAUAUUCUCUGAGAAGUGCCUGAUGAUGAUGUGCUUACAGACACAAGAACAAUCUUUGCUAUUAUUGUAUAAAGCCAUAAAUGUAUAUAAAUUAUGUUAAAAUGGU